CGUGUUAAUUUCCAAGCACUUGUUCAUUUCAUUUCAAAGCUUUUUCUAUCAAACAUACAUCUUCUGUUUUUCUUCCCGGGUUUUCAACUUUAACAACCCAAAACCAUUCCCGGUUUCCGGGUCUACCCAUUAAUCCGUCGAUUCGAUUCCACCUCCAACUAGAUAUUAUCAAAUCUGCUUUCACAGUUCCCCACCGAUUCACCCGUCUGUAAGCGCCGCCGUUUUAUAUCUUCAGUCGCCGAUCUAAAAUUUCUAAACUUAAGAUCCUUCCCCGAUCAGCUCACGAUUGAAACGGCGUCGUUGCAGCAAAAAAAAUCAUCGCUUUUAACUUCACACACACGAUUCUUAUUCUCUUUCCCUUUAAAAUUUUUGAUUAAUUUUACUCAAAUUCUUUUUUUUUUUUCUGUUUUCCUUUUAAUAGGACAAUUUUUUUUUUCUAUAAAUUCAAUAAUUCUAGCAUCGAUUCUUCUUCUUUUUUUUCCCUUCGAUUUGAAAUGACGUCGGGGACGAGGCUACCGACAUGGAAAGAACGAGAGAAUAACAAGCGGAGAGAGCGGCGGAGGAGAGCAAUAGCAGCGAAGAUCUUCGCCGGACUUCGGAUGUACGGUAACUAUAAGCUUCCGAAGCACUGCGAUAACAACGAAGUUCUCAAAGCUCUUUGUAACGAGGCCGGUUGGACCGUCGAACCCGAUGGAACUACUUAUCGUAACGGUUGCAAGCCUGUGGAGCGCAUGGAUAUAGUAGGUGGAUCUGCAACAGUGAGCCCCUGUUCAUCUUACCACCCAAGCUCUCGUGCUUCUUACAACCCAAGCCCUGCAUCAUCAUCUUUUCCAAGCCCAGCUUCUUCUUCGUAUAUGGUUAAUCCCAAUGGUGAUGUGAAUUCUCUUUUCCCAUGGCUCAAAAACCUCUCAUCUGCAUCCUCAUCAGCAUCCUCUUCCAAGCGUCCCUAUAGCUAUAUUCAUGGUGGUUCCAUUAGUGCUCCUGUCACCCCUCCAUUGAGCUCACCAACUGCUCGAACCCCACGAAUGAAAAAUGAUUGGGAGGACCAAUCUGUCCUUCCAGGUUGGAGUGCACAACAACAUUCUUUCCUGCCUUCUUCAACUCCCCCUAGUCCUGGUCGUCAAAUUGUUCCUGACCCAGAGUGGUUUUCUGGACUCCAAACCCCUCAUAGCCGACCAACUUCUCCCACAUUCAGCCUUGUCUCCUCAAACCCCUUUGGCUUCAAGGAGGAAGUUUUAGCCGGUGGGGGUUCCCGCAUGUGGACUCCUGGGCAAAGCGGGACAUGCUCACCUGCAAUAGCUGCAGGUUUAGAUCAGACAGCUGAUGUUCCAAUGUCUGAAGUUAUUUCCGAUGAGUUUGCAUUCGGAAGCAAUGCAACAGGGCUAGUAAAGCCAUGGGAAGGAGAGAGGAUUCAUGAAGAAUGUGGAUCAGAUGAUCUAGAACUCACUCUUGGCAGUUCCAAGACUAGGUGAGUUUGUAAGCUCGUUGCAUCAAUUAGCUAAAAUUGACCAUUUUUUAACCUUGUUACCUUAACUGCAGAUAAAAGUCCGUGUGAGAAAAAAAAUCACUGCCCUCUUAGUGUGAACUUCGAUCCCAAUUAUUUAUGCUCUCCGGAAAAAGAAGGGAACAAAAGGGAUCGAGGUGAGCCCGAGUCUGAGCCUUUACUCGCUCUUGUUUUAGUUUUCAUUAAUUUUUGAAAAUUCAACUCUGAAUUAUACAUAUAUAGUUUGUACUGAAGGCACCGAGGUAGUUUCAUAGCCUCGUAACCGGCGGCCCUUCUCUAUUUAGAUCUUAAUUUUCCCAAAAGGAAAGAACCGUUAUACUUGUAUGAUUGUUCUUGGUUUUUGUUUAGGUUUGCCAUUAGAAGAAAUGCCUGAAUGACUGUUUCUCAAUGGCGGAAUCAUUUGUGAGAAUUAGGAUAGGUUAAAGUUUUACCAUUUUCUCGUUGUACAUCGCACACAUUUUAACCUUAUCAUUUUGUCACGCUUUUGAGUA